ACAUUUUAGGGAAUGUUAAGCGGAAAUGAAUCACAAUUAGAACCAAAGGUUGAAAAAUCUGUGGAUCAAGUGGUCAGUGAACUCAAGACUCCACUCUCCUAUUGGAGGAGAUUAUUGAUUCAGAAACUACUGCUUCCGUGGUGUAGACGUGGGGUGGGGUAUAGGGAACUCUCCAAAUACUUCUUGAUUUGGAUGAAUAAUCAGUACCGACAAGGCUUUAGAUUAUUAUCACAACAAAUGGUUAACGAAGGGCUCCUUCCUUCCGCCGAAUCAUUCUUCUACUUAACCACUAAUGAAGUGGAAGCGCUCUGUAAUGGAGACAGAGAUCCCUUAAUUCUUGCGAGAGUUAGACACCGGAAAAGGCUUUACCCAAAAAUGGAUAAAUACAAGUUUGAUGAGUUUAUUAAAGGGCCAGAAAUGAAACCGAGAAAUUUUGAAGAUCGCAUUAUUCUUCCAAAUCUGGGCACAGGUAUGGUUCAGAUGAAGGGAACUCCUGUUAGUAAUGGAUCCAUAAAAGCAAGAGUUUGUGUCUCUGAGGAUAUCACAGAAGCUGACAAUAUUCAGCCGGGUGAUAUACUGAUCACAUACUCGACAGACAUCGGUUGGAGUCCAUACUUCCCUCUACUGUCGGGUAUUAUCACAGAAAUCGGUGGAACCAUAUCUCACGGGGCAGUCAUUGCCAGAGAGUUUGGUAUCCCGUGUCUGAUAGCAGUGGAGGGCGCCUGUAGUGCCUUCACAACCGGAGAUAUUUGUGUUUUGGAUACUAAGAGCGCGACCAUCACUAAAGUCGAGUGAAGUCUUCAUAAAUUU